AUGUCUGACGAGUAACCUGCUGAAGCUUUCUUGGUGAAGUUCAAUUAAGUGUAGCUGAAAAAAAAACAUUUUAAAAAAAUUUAAUAUAGUUGUCUUUCAAACAGCCAAUAAUUUUUUGUAGUGCAUAAGUAAUAUGGGUAUAGAAAACAUGCGUCGUUGGCCAAUGUACAUUGUUUUCGCCGUAUGCAUUUUACUUACCCUUUCACUACUUAAUAGUUGGAGUAUGGAAACCGAAUUACAAACCCGACUUGGAGAGUUAACCGGACAACUACAAGAGUGUUCUAGACAACAAACAUCAUGUAUGGAAGAGUCACUACGAUAUCAGCAACAACGAGACAUAUACAAUACGAAAGUAAGCGAUUUAGAAAGUUCAAAAAUGAAAUUAAGCACCAAUUAUUCAGAGUUAAAAACUAAAUUAGCAAAAUCGGAAAUUCAGGUGAACCGAACAUUAGUAGAUGUGGAAUUUUGUAAAACUGAAUUACAGUCUUUGAAAAACUUGCAAGUUAGUAAAUCGGCUAUACUAGAAACCUUAAGGUUGAAAAAGGAAACGUUAACAGCCCAAUUAGAAGAAAGAAAGAACAGAAUUGACGAUCUCGAAAAAGAAAUUGCUAGAUUAAAGUCUUCAAUGACCACCAAAAGUGCUCCAAACCCAGCAGUAUCUUCAAAAGUAACACCAGCAGCUCAGCCUCCAAAACUUAGUUCAGCUUUAAAUGUUAAUAAUCCCAUUAAUGAGCCUGUACUUGAGAACAAUGCUAAGGAAGAUAUAGAAGAUCCGAGUGCCCUAAAUGAUGUAGAUAACUUUGAUCAAAAAUAGUAUUGAUCAACCUACAACCAUCUCACAUUUGUGAUAUCUACUCCUGAGGUAUGUUAUUAAAACUAAUAGCUAUCAUCUGGCUUCCUGCAACUCAUUACUUGCAAAAAAUUACUAAAUAUUUACA